AUGAAUCCCACAAUCGAGCAAGCAAACCUCGCUGUCGAAGCAACGGACAGAAAAUCCCGGAGUGCAAAGAGAGCCUCAGAGAUUGAAGAACUUGAGGAGCCUUUGGAAGUCGAAGAUGAAGCAGAAGUUGAAAGCGAGGAGGAUACCACUCCCCUACCCUUCGAAAUCAAAAUAAAAGAUAGAAGAAGCAUACCUAACGUGAACCUCCUGGGAUGGAAAUUUGCGCAAGAGUUGGAGCCCAAUCAAUUUCGUAUUUCACGAUGUGUUUGGUGA